AUGACUGUCUGGCAUCGCGAAGUUUUCGUGAAAGGUGAUGCUUCGCAAGUUUUCGUUGUCAACAAAACGCAAGACGUAUGGACGACAUCUCCUCUCGUUGUAGAUCAGGAGUGAUAAUGAUGAGAGAUUAAGUUCACGAAGACCGGAAUUCCAUACGGUAAUGCAACCCAGCACCAGCCGUAGCCUCGAUAUCGAACUUGGAAGCGUCUCAUUCUUCGUGUCAAUCCACAGAUGACCACUGAACACAUCGCAACCGCCUACGAGCGCACUCGCAUUCUCAAAAGCAACUAUCUCCGUCACAUUUUCGGAUCCGGUACAUACUGCAACAGCACCUUCACGUUUUUUUUUCCUGGGAUGGCUUGCCGCUUAAUGAUGAUAUAA